GUUCACCUUCUCAUCUCCCUCUCCGCUGCUCCACCGGCGAGACCCGAGCCGUACUCUUCCCUCCUCUCUCAGCCCCUCCACUGCCCAGAACCGUCUGUAACUGCCACCGUCGCCGUUUGGCUAUGGCCGGUGGACCACCGAACAACCAAAAUAUAUCUCUUCUGCCAAACCACUAAAGAGACCACCGCCUUUCUCAUCUCUUCCUCCUCUUCUCUCCCUCCGUCCUUUCUCUCUCAUAUCCAUCUCUGAGACAGCGGCUGAUCCACCGCCGUCUAUGUCGGCGUGACCACCGCUUCUGUUUGAUGUCCUCAACGGCGAGCCGCGUGAACACCGCCCCACAGUGACAACGACAACCACCGUGGUCAAGUCCAAAUCGAUCAGGCAUUUCCAGAUUUCCAUAGCUUCUGUUUGCAUUUGGUUAUGACUACUCUAUCAUCGCCCAAUAGUUCAACUGUUUCACCUUCUCGAGGGACAAUUUCUCCAGCAGCCUUUGGGACAUAUGAAUCUCCCAUGCCUGGGGACUCUCAUUCUGGCCAUUCUGAACCGGCGAUCAGUGAUAAUGAUGAAACAGAGCUACACUUUGUAUCAUGGAAUCAGGAUUACAGUUGCUUUGCUGCUGGCACAAGUCGUGGCUUUCGUGUGUAUAACUGUGAUCCUUUCAAAGAGACUUUCAGACGCGAUCUGAAAAGUGGUGGAUUUGGAAUAGUGGAGAUGCUGUUCCGAUGCAAUAUUUUAGCACUUGUGGGUGCCAAGGCCAACACUCAAUACCCACCUAAUAAAGUUAUUAUAUGGGAUGAUCAUCAAAGCCGGUGCAUAGGUGAAUUUUCAUUUAGGUCUGAGGUUCGUGCAGUGAAACUAAGACGGGAUUGUAUUGUUGUAGUUCUUGAGCACAAGAUAUAUGUCUACAACUUUAUGGAUCUGAAGCUUCUUCAUCAGAUAGAGACUGUGGCCAAUCCUAGGGGACUUUGCUGCCUCUCGCACCAGUUAAAUACAUCUGUAUUGGCUUGCCCAGGCCUUCGAAGAGGACAGAUCCGGGUUGAACAUUUUGGCCUGAAUAUGACAAAGUUAAUCAAGGCUCAUGAUUCUCAGAUAGCAUGCCUAACCUUGACAAUUGAUGGGCUGCUUCUUGCAACAGCAAGCACUCGGGGAACUUUGAUAAGACUCUUCAACACCAUUGAUGGGACUCAGUUGCAAGAGGUGCGUAGAGGGGUUGACAGAGCGGAUAUCUGUAGUAUUGCUCUAUCACCAAAUGUUCAGUGGUUGGUCGUCUCGAGCGACAAAGGUACUAUCCAUGUAUACAGCCUUAGAGUACGUGUUGUUGGGGAGGAUGCUUCAGCUGAUGCAACUGUUAGAACUCCAACGUUGUUGUGUCAGAAUUCAUCAGCUUCUCUUGAUGCACUUAUUUCUCCAAGUACUGGAGCCAACCCUGGUUCAUCACUGUCUUUCAUGAAAGGAGUUUUGCCAAAAUACUUUAGCUCUGAAUGGUCAUUUGCUCAAUUUCACUUGCCAGAAUGUACCCAGUACAUUGCUGCGUUUGGUUCUCAGAACACCAUUAUAACUGCUGGCACUGAUGGAAGUUUCCAUAGGUGCAGCUUCGAUCCUGUGAAUGGAGGAGAAAUGGUACAGCAGGAAUAUGUCCGCUUUCUGAAAACAGAAAGUAGGCCGAGAUAGUUCUGUUCCAAAAGAAGUACUUUCCUUGUAAAUAAAUCUGAUGUUUUAUCUAUUGUGAAAAGAAGGGAAACAAACACCUGUGUUUGCUGACUAAUGUGUAUAUAAUGGCUCUCUAUAAAGUGUUCAGAUUAUCCCGUAUUUUUUAUACUAAUGUACUUAGAUUA